AUGGCUUAUAUUCCCAAGGUUGGACGUCAACGAGGAGUUACAAGUGGAUAAUAUGUCCAAGAAGUCAGAUUUACUAUGUGAAAAAAACGUCAUUGGGGGUUUAAACCGUCGUAUUUCAUUGUCUGCGGCUUAAAAAGUAACUUGGACUCCGCUCGGUGGGCUUGUUUGUAAAGAAAAACAAAUGAAUUGCAAACAAAACUAACCUAUUUACAUCAAUUAGUGUAAUUUCCCCCUUCUCCCCGGCUUCCUCUUCUCCCAAUUUCGUUAAUCAACCGAAUUAAAUUACAAAUUUUGACCGAAUUCUGAUCUCUAAAGUAAUAUAAGUCAUGUCAUCGUGGCCUUCGUAGUAUCACUUUUUAUAUUCUAAACCAAAUGUCUAGGGUUUGUAAAGGCAUAAAAAAUGUCUGGGGGUCUACAAUAAUUAUUUUGAUGACAUCUUUUCCGUCCCAAGUAAUUUAAUUUCCUGCGGGUUAUUAGGCUUCUGGUUAUAAAAGCAGAAGUGCUCGGGCGAAAAAAGUAUGACAUUUCGCUUGAAUAUGAAGCCUUGUUGUCACCUCGUGCUUCUUGAAGCCGUGAGCCGCAAGUGCACUUCAUUAUUCGCCAUCUUUUAUAUUACACUUGGUAUUAAAGUCGUAAUUCACGUCAUGAUUUGAAAUUGCGCGUUUAAAUUAACGGAAAUAUCAGUGAAAGGAAAGAAUAUAGUCUAAUUGAUCCUCUAGGCGCCAAAAUUGAUCCCUCGCAGAACCCGAACGGUGGUGGUGCCGCCCAACAAGGCGGCCACCAAGCCCAGAAUCCCAACCAACAGCGAGGACAACAGGGCGGCGCUCAUGAUGUGGAAACACCCAUGCUCGACCAACAGACCAUGAUGAUGCUGGGUAAGCCAAUUUUACACUUAUCGUAAAAAUCAAACCAUAGUUUAUAACAAAAUCAUGAUUUUGGUCUCAUGUGUAAUAUAAAAAUUUGGAGCUAAGCAUUUAUAUUUUGCUUUAACAAUGAAAGCAUGCCGUAAAAGUCAUGUGAUAGCUAGUCCACAAAAAAUUCGGCCGAAAUUGGCCAAGAAAGAAAAUUUUUCCUCAGCAGUCUGCAGAAGAUCGGGCGCAGCCUGCGAAACAAAAAUCCGAGAAAAUCCGUGGGAAAUUGGAUCCUCUUUUGCCGCCCGCAGGUUCCCUAACAUUUCAUCUAACACUCUACAUGAAUAGAUAAAUAGAAUAUGGCCAUCCAUAACCUGAUCCCGCAUUUAGAAGCACUGACGGUCGGCGACAACAACAACCCCAUGUACAUGGGCGGCAUCAUGGGUGGGCCUCCACUCGGACCCGGCCAAUACACGUUGGCGCCGGGCCCCCCACAAAUGGGUUACCAGCCGCAGAUGCCGUUCACCGACAUGUACGUCAACCAAAUGCUGGGAGGCCAAAGUCAGUUCGGACAGCCGGGCGGGUUCGACGUCGGGACGCCCAGCGGCCAACAAUCGCAACAACCUCGACCGAUUGGUAGUCUGGCACCGGGUGCACCAAUUGGUUCCUCACAAACCUCUCAAGAGAUCUCCAGGUAAUAAAUUUUCUGUUUGUUUUGUGUUGGUUUAGGUAGCUGAGGGAUAACAUCGGAAAAUCAUUGGAAACGUCAAAGUUUUUGGUAAAAUGAUGUCGAUUAUAUCCGUCAGACAUCGCAGAAGCUUUGGUAAAGCCAUGAAGCCGUGUGCUCCAAAUUCUUUGCCUUUUUUUGAUUCACGCAUCUUCAAGUACCUAGAAUAAUAUAUUUUUUUCAGUUCUUUCAGCGGCCAGGGUCUGGGUGCGCCAGGCCAGCCGAUUAUGGGUACCUCGUCAUCUUUCGUUGCUCCGCGCCGUCCCGGGCCGGGUGUUGAAGGAAAACAAAUCGCCUUACGAGCUAAUCACUUCCAAGUUCAGAUCGCUGCUCAUGAAGUUCAAUUUUAUUUGGUGGAAAUCCAACCCGACAAGUGUCCCAGAAAGGUUAAUCGGUAAGGGUUUUGUGUUCUUCAAGUUUUAUUUAUUUUAAAUUUAGUUUUAAUCGAAGAAUCAUGGUUAUACUUGAUUUAGCUACCUAAAAUAUUAUCUUUUUCAAUUUUUAGGGAAAUUAUCAACAAGAUGAUCGAAUCUUACAAGCAAUUCUCUAAUAUCAAGCCAGUGUACGACGGGAAAAAGUCCAUGUACACCCGUCAACCCAUUCCAAACAUUGGCUUCGAACGCUGUGAAUUCGAAGUCACAAUGCCUGGAGAUUCUCCGGUGGAUCGCAGGUUCUCGGUUGCACUCCAAUGGAAGGAGACCGUCUCAUUGAAGGCAUUGGACGAUGCUCUUCGUGGGUUCCGCAGAGAUGUCCCAUUGAACUCGGUUCAAGCCAUGGAUGUUAUCCUCAGGCACUUGCCCUCUACAAAGUACACUCCGGUUGGACGAUCCUUCUUCUCUCCUCCGGCUGGUCAACUACAACAUCAUGGAGGACCUGGUGGUCCAUCUUAUCACUCAGGAGAUUCGAAAUUGGGUGGAGGAAGGGAAGUUUGGUUCGGAUUCCAUCAAAGUGUGAGGCCGAGUCAAUCCAAAAUGAUGCUCAAUAUUGACGGUAAGUAGAGUUUUUGUUUUGUUCUUGAAUUUAGUUUCCAAGCGUCCAGACAAGAGAUUUUAAUAAUUUUAUAUUAUUCAUGGCAAAUUUUGACUUCAAUAUUUCAGUGUCUGCCACUGCCUUCUACCGCAAAAUGCCUGUGAUCGAAUUCAUCGCCGAGGUCCUCGAACUGCCAGUCCAAGCGCUUUCCGACCGUCGCACACUCAGCGACGCUCAACGAGUCAAAUUCACCAAAGAAAUUCGUGGUCUCAAAAUCGAAAUCAACCAUUGUGGUCAGAUGCGAAGAAAGUAUCGGGUGUGCAAUGUGACCCGUCGUCCCGCCCAAACUCAGACCUUCCCCCUGCUGCUGGAGUCGGGCCAAACCGUCGAAUGCACCGUGGCCAAAUACUUUGCCGACAAGUAUCAUAUGCAGCUCAAAUACCCCCAUCUUCCGUGUCUCCAAGUGGGCCAGGAACAGAAGCACACGUUCCUGCCGCCAGAAGUCUGUGAGAUUGUGUCGGGCCAGAGGUGUAUCAAGAAAUUGACGGACAUCCAGACCUCCACGAUGAUCAAGGCGACGGCCAGAUCGGCGCCCGAAAGAGAGCGAGAGAUUGCGAGUCUGGUGAAGCGGGCCGAGUUCACCAACGACCCCUACGCCCAAGAGUUCGGCAUCAGCAUCAACUCCAACAUGACCGAAGUGAAGGGCCGCAUCCUGAGCGCCCCCAAACUGUUGUACGGCGGCAGGAACAAGAUGACCGCCCUCCCCAACCAAGGCGUCUGGGACAUGCGCGGCAAACAGUUCCACACCGGAAUCGAGGUCAAAAUCUGGGCCAUCGCCUGCUUCGCCCAACAACAACACGUCAAGGAGAACGAUCUGCGCAACUUUACUUCUCAACUUCAACGCAUCUCCAGCGACGCCGGCAUGCCCAUCAUCGGGCAGCCGUGCUUCUGCAAGUACGCCGUCGGCGUCGAUCAGGUCGAACCCAUGUUCAAAUACCUCAAACAAAACUUUCAAGGUAAAUUUGGCACAAAAAACGGAAAAUUUUUGAAAAUCUGGGAAAAAAUUAUAUUAUCCAUGAUGAAAUUUUGAAAAAAAAAAUUUUUUAAUUUUUCGCUCGUUUCAGGUCUCCAAUUAGUCUGCGUCGUGCUGCCAGGCAAAACCCCGGUCUACGCCGAAGUGAAACGUGUAGGCGACACCGUGCUCGGGAUCGCCACCCAAUGUGUGCAAGCCAAGAAUGUGAUCAAGACCACGCCCCAAACGCUUUCCAACCUCUGCCUGAAAAUGAACGUGAAACUGGGCGGAGUGAACUCGAUCCUCUUGCCGAACGUUCGCCCACGCAUCUUCAACGAGCCGGUGAUAUUCUUGGGCGCGGAUAUUACCCAUCCACCAGCAGGUAAGAGGCUUUCGGUAGAGGAUUUGAGGCCAAAAUUUUAACAAAGAAAGUACUUCUAUGGGGUAUGGAGUUACAGGUUGUGACAUAUAUCAAAAAAAUCGCAAAAUUUUCCUGAUUCAGAAUAUGUAAAAAUUAGCUGCCUGAUUUUGGUUUGUAAGGGUGAAAAAAUCAUCAGAAGUUUUCUCGCAACACCACGCAAAUGCCUUUUUGGCCAAGUUUUUACCAAAUCAAAUGCUUGUUUUUGAGCUAAAGUGAACCCUGGCAUCUUGACAAGCCUUAAAAUAUCAAACUUGAUUAAUACUACACCUUAAUUAGGGCGUCGCGUUGUAUUAAUAAAAUUUGAUUUUUAAGGCUUUUCAAUAUGCCAGGGUUUGCUUUAGCUCAAAACAAAGCUUUUGAUUUGGUAAAAACUUUGUCAAAGCAUUUCCAUGGUGUUGCGAGAAAGGUUCUGAGGAUUUUUUCACCCCAAUAAACCAAAAUUAGGCAGCUAAUUGUUACAUAUUCUGAAUCAGAAAAAAAUUGCGAUUUUUUGAUAUAUGUCACGACCUGUUACCCCAUUGAAGUACUUUCCUUGUAAAAUUUUUUGCAUUUUUUGGAGGUUUUAUGAAAUUUCCUAUCGCCAGUUUGAGUUUACUCUGCUUGGAAUUGGGUUGGAAUUAUUUAUUUUUUUAAAGCUUGUCAUUUAAUUUGGAAACAAAUUACGUCAUGAUUGAAGUGGUUUUAGGGGACUCCCGGAAGCCCUCCAUCGCCGCUGUUGUGGGCUCCAUGGACGCGCAUCCGUCGCGGUAUGCGGCCACGGUCCGCGUCCAGCAACACCGCAACGAGACGAUCACCGACCUGACGUGGAUGGUCCGUGAACUCCUCGUCCAAUUCUACCGCAACACCCGCUUCAAACCCACCCGAAUCGUCAUGUAUCGAGACGGCGUGUCGGAGGGCCAGUUCUUCAACGUCCUCCAACAGGAGCUGCGCGCCAUGCGCGAGGCAUGCAUGAUGCUGGAACGAGGCUACCAGCCCGGCAUCACGUUCAUCGCCGUCCAGAAACGCCACCACACCCGCCUGUUCGCGGUGGAGAAGCGGGACCAGGUCGGCAAGGCCUUCAACAUCCCGCCCGGCACCACCGUGGACGUCGGCAUCACCCACCCCACCGAAUUCGACUUCUACCUCUGCUCGCACGCCGGCAUCCAGGGCACCUCCCGGCCCAGCCACUACCACGUCCUCUGGGACGACAACUGCCUCUCCGCCGACGAACUCCAACAACUCACUUACCAGAUGUGCCACACAUACGUCCGCUGCACGCGGUCCGUCUCCAUCCCCGCGCCCGCCUACUACGCCCAUUUGGUGGCGUUCCGCGCCAGGUAUCACUUGGUGGACAGAGAUCAUGACAGGUAUGUGGGGAGUGGAUUUGAGGGGAGAUUUGGGCAUUAUGGGUUGAUCAUAGAGUUUUUGGUAAGAAUUGUUCUGAGUUUUUGUCAAAUUUGGGCAUUUGGUUAUAUUGUACAUGAUGAAAAUUUCUAAUUUUGGGUGUUUACUAGCUGAAAUAUACAAUGUAGGAUAUUUCUUUAGCACUUUGGGGAUUUCACUAGGACUUCCAGAGAGUUUAGCCUAAAUUUAGGCAUAUUAUAUUAUCCAUGACAUUUUUUUUUUAAUUUUUUCUAAUUUUUGCGAUUUUUAGUGGCGAAGGCAGCCAGCCUUCGGGCACCAGUGAAGACACGACCCUCUCCAACAUGGCCCGCGCCGUCCAAGUCCAUCCCGACGCCAACUCGGUCAUGUAUUUUGCCUGA